AUGUCUGCCAACAAUAGCAUCCAGAUCAAUAUACAAGACAGCAUGUACUUCAGAUUCUCAACGAAAUACAUGCAAUUGUUUCCCAGAAAUGUAAGGAGAGUUAUAGAAUUUGUGUUUCUAUUUGAGGCAAUAUUAGUCUCGUAUGCAUUUGUUAAUUUUCAUAUUACGUUAGCUCAACCAGCUAAUUGCUUGGACCAUGUCAUAGAUAUUUGGCCCAAAAGUGGUAUACUGAGAGUGGAGAUAAUUCAAAAUUAUGAACGGUAUCCGGAACAAAAGUACAAAAUAAACAAAUUCUUAAAAGUAGAAAAUACUUUUGAACGUGAAUACAGAUUAGAAAAUGUAUUAUACAAAAUAAAUGAGAAUUUUUCACUGUUCAAUAAUUUCAUUAAAACGCCUAACCCUGAGAAAAAUGAAGAAGUUGAUAUUGAACCUUCAACAGUAGAGUUAGUUGAAAAUAAAUUUCGAGAGACUAGCACCCUAAAACCUAACUUAUACUCAGAACCAUUUACAAAUAACAUAAAUGUUGAAGAUGAAAAAAAAGAACCUUCAGUUUCAUCACAAGUUCAUUCCACCGAGUGUCCAAAUAAUUAUUUUGCAAGUUUAUUAGGAGCCACUAGUGGUUUGUUAUACCAGUCCACAAGUACCAAAACUCCGAACAAAAACAACAAAGGAAUAUAUUACGAGAAUCACAUUGUCGAAUAUUCUUUGAAUGAUGAAAACUUGUUUUUGUCGUCCGAAGCUAGACAAGUGUUAGAAAUUCCGGUAAUGCUUGUAACCCUAGACCCUACUGAGAACAAGUGUUUUGGAAAUUCAUUAAAUCGGUACUUCUUAGAAAAUUACAUUGGCUAUGACGAAUUACUGUACGCCUCUAUUAAAGCUGUGGCUAAAUUUGAAGGAAACAAAGGCUUUUUAAGAAAUGUCAUUUCCUGGAAACAUUACCCAAUUGUGGUGAAAACACAGAAAGAUAUAACAUCAUAUAUUUUUUCGUUUAUCAUUAUGAUAUCAUUUACUUGCGUGAUUUCAUUUUACAUGAGGCACUUUAAUUGUCAACUAGCCGUUGCCUUCAAUUAUUUACUAAACCAUUUUAACGGGGAAGUUGGCCUGCAUAAGUGUUAUAUGUGUUUUUUGGGUUUUUUGGGCCUAUCAUCAUUAAUAUGGUUAUAUUUCAAAGAUGUCGAUGCAUUGUUUUACAUCAUGUUGAUCGUCGUAACGGCUGAAAUUUACUACGCGGUGUUCACCCAUAGUGAGACCACGAAAAAACAUUGGCCAAAGUUUUUCUAUCUGUACCUGUUUAUGUUCUAUGCUUACGACUAUCGGUUCAACGGCCAGUACAGAUCCUUGAGUCUCACCUGUUCAUGGUCUUUUAUACUGCAUUCCAUGAUAUACUUUUAUCACCACAUCGAACUGCCAUACGUGGUGCGGCAAAUCGAACUGGAGGAGAUGUUUAGCCAGCGGCAACUGCAAAAUUUGAGGCGACAGGGCCGUCCACCCAGCCGCCGGGGAUUUCGUGCUGCACCCUGA